AACGGACGAAGCCGUCUGCGAAUGGUUCGCUCCCUCUCGUCGUCUCCGUGCCCUACUCACCCCGAACAAUUACCGGUAUCAUGCCAAUCAUCUCCCCCACGCUGCUUUCUCAAUACCCCCACUAAAGCAGAAUCUAAACACCGCAAAGUGGAAACCUGCCCGGGUCGACAGCAAUGCGCCCAUGUCACAAUUUGAUUUAUAUUUAAAUAAAGAUAUCAAAUUGGCUGGAAAUGUGACUCCAUGCUUCCAAACUAGACGAUUAUUUUAAAAUACUGAGGGGUGUUUUGCAGAUUUUUUCCUUUAUUUUGUGAUUGUUUCUAAGUUUUAGCGUGGUGAGAAAAGUUUGUCAAGAUGACGACUGGAAUGGCAAUACCGCGAGUUAAACUUCAGAAUACCAAUCCCCUAACUCUAGACGAAAGAAUGGCAUAUGGUAACAUUCCACGUUGGAUCGCAGAGGGCGUCGAGAUCAGAGCAGUCAAUAUACCCCAAGCAAACUACGCAAAACAACUGAGAAUGUUACCACCUCUUCAUUCUGGUCAUGGGUCUGGGAUCGUCAAGUAUGGGGCGGCACCCCGACAGGAGUCCUACGUCAGACCGGUACCUCUUCGCUCUCCCUGGAAGGGAGAAGUAGGAGAAGGGUUAACCGCUUAUGUAUCAAAGAGCCAGAACGCCGCGAUGGACGGUAACUCUCCCUACAUCACCUAUGCUUCAUAUCAGAUGAGCCCACAGAAUAGACGGUCAUGGAGGGAGAACUACUACAAUCAACAUGCUAAACAAGGUUUUAAAUUCUGGUUGGAAGAGAAACAACCUAUCUCAAGAUCGCAAAAAUACACAUUUGGGACAUACAAGACCCAUCUUGGACUCGGGAACGCACCUAGAAAUUGAGAUCAGUGUAGUCCAGCAAUCAAUCGGUUUGGAAGCAUUGGGCCUCAAUAAUCUGAUUUUAUAGGCCCGAGUUUUAAGGUCCAUUAUUAUGAUUGUGUGCUGUGAAAAUAGAUAUAUUAUGUAUUUGAAGGUGAAGCACACUCUAUAAAUAUACUAUUGUAACAGCUAUUUCAUUUGCAUGCAACACUCGUUGUAUAUGGCGAAAUGUGAAAAAAAACAUGUUUGCCGAGGCGGAUCUCGAGGAGGGGGCGACCUGUUACGGCAUUUAAUCUUUGGGGCAGAACAGGGGAAAUUAAAGCUCCAUCCAAAAUAUAUUCAACAACAUAUAGUUAAUAUGUACAUGUGUAUAUUCUUUUUUUCUCUCUUUGAUUAGACGAAAUGCAAUUUUACCUCUGUAAAUACCCAAAACAUAAGAUUGGACAUUAAUUCUGAGAUCCGCCUAUCCUGAUAUAUCUUUUCAAAAGGAGCCGCAGGUCGGUUUCAUUCAUAAUUCAUAUUUGAUAACAAAUAUGAUCUGUAAUUUUUAUGCAUACUUUUGCUGUUGAAAAUGGUGAACAAACAUUCGAUUCUCAACAAUUCUUUUAAGAGGCAUUAUUAUCGUAUAAGGAUAUGUGUAAGCGGUGCAUGAGAUGCCAUCUCCCUGUAUGCACACUCAUCUUUUUUUAACCAACACCUAGAAGUUGGUUAUAAUAAGAACCGACCAACUGUUGGUAAAAAAAGCCGAUUCAUUUUGCAUUUACAUUUAACCGACGGUUCAUAUUUGAACGAACUUAUAGGUUCUUUAAAGAAAAAUCAGAAAGAUUGUACUAUAUACUUUUGGUUCUGAGUGGCGUGUCGUCACGUAAGCCCGUCAUUUAUUUCUAAAGGCCACAAAAUUAAUAACUUAUUCAUCCAAAUAUUUUGAUCGACAUUAUGUCAUGUUUAAUUUUGAAUCUAAAGUUUGAAUUAAAAGAAAUGCGGUAUUUGCAGUAUCCUUGUAAUGAUACAGUUAUGAAAAAGAAAUAAUAAUUAAUUGAUGUUUUAUGAUAGAGGCUCUACAAAAUUAAGAUGUCGGUGCAAUUUUCUAAUGAGUGGCAUUGCAGCUGGUUAAAACUUUUAUUGUUAUGUUCAUGCUGCAUGUGGUUUCCGUGAUGUGCUAUUUUCUUUAUUGCUGGCGAAGAUUUUUUAAAUAUAUUUUUUCUUUCUCAGAAAUUUAUUUUUCUAAAUGUGUAAAAAGACAAUUCAUUCUUGGUUAUCAUUUGAAAUGUGUAAGCAUGACUUGUUGGUGAAAAUGAGAAAAAAUGAUAAAGAUAGACUUAUUACACGAAGUUUUGCAAUUAUUUCCUUACUUUUGUACUAUCAUAUACUUUUGUGCAACAGCCCAAAUCAUUUGAAACAUCCGACGAACAAUAUGAUAUAUAUUAGGAUAUUAUUCAAGUAAAAACUACACAAAGAAACAAAGACAAAGACAGACGUCAAAGGACUGAGAAAUGUCUUUGUGUACUAAAUAACUGUCCAUUUUCUUUUUCAAAACACAAACCACACCAAAAUGAAGUCGUACAUUUAAAACAAUCAAUUAAAACCGAUAAAUUACAAUCGCAGCUUUAAAAACGUAAUUUUGGUGUAUUUGCGGUAUCAAAGUAAUAUAAGCUUUACAUAUUUGUGAAAGAGGGUGCGAUUCAAAUACAUAAUUUGAUGUUAUGUUUUAGGAUCAUUGUAUUUGUAUAAUUAUACUACCGAAAUUCUUAAAAUGGAUAAAAAAUGCAUAUCGAAAUCAUGAUGAUUGCACUUUAUGUGGUAAGGUCUCUUUAGCGACCAUCAGGGAAUUUAUUUUGUCUUCUUGUACAUAAUUUUGUCAUGUUCAUUAAUUUGAUAAAACUCAAUUGUUCUCUUUCACUUG